AUGAUGCACCAUUUCCUCCAAACAGCACCACAGGCCCGACGCUCGCCUGGGGAGCAGAGCCGCGAUCCCGGCUCGCAUUCCCAGCGCUCGCAGCUCGGCUCCUGCCCCGGGGAUGGGCUCACACCGGGGCCAGGCCACAACCUGUCACCCCUGAGCGCUGAUGCUGCCGCUCCUCCAUCGCAGCGCUCCCACUCCGGCCCGCUCCGCUCUUUCCCACUCGUGCUCCCUCAGCCGGCUCCGGGCUCCCCACAGCCCCUGUGCCCCAGCCUGGCGAUCUCCAGGAAUCCCCGCUCCAGGUUUUUCCCCAACUUUUCCCCGCCGCCCCCCCCGCCUCGUCCCUCAGGCCCUGCGCUGCCCCCCCCCCCUCACAACUCCUUCCCCUCCGCUCUCACCUCGCGGCCCGAGGAGCGGCCCCGCCGGCGGUGCGGCGCUGCUGGGAGGCCGGAGGGAGGCGGGGAGCGGUGCCCGGGCAGGUGCCCGCAGCAGCUCAGCGCGCAUGCGCGCGAUGCCGGGGCGGCGGGGGGGGCCGGGAUAUGGCGGUGCCCAGCGCUCCCCUCACGGCCGCGCACGCGCACUGCGGGACUGACGCCGCCGGCCACGCCCACCGCCUUUUAUAGCCGUGCGCCCGUCGCGCGAGACCGCUCCCCCCGCCGCGAGCACGCGCGGCCGGGCCGGCUCCUGCGCGUGCGCUCUGUGCAGACCCCUCUUUGUGGCAGCGCCGCGCAGCGAGCGCCCUGUGCCUCGCUGUCUCCGCUGUUCCCGUUCGGCACCGGCUGCUGCUGUCGCAGUGCCGUUCCACCGCGGGGUCGGCGCGGGCGGCGCUCUCGCUACCCACAUGUCCGCCACAUACGGCCCCCGCAGGCGGCACCGCCUUUCCGCUGUCCCUAG